AAAAAAAAAAGGAGGAUGGGGAAAGCCUGCGAGCAUGCACAAGCGGAGGGAGGGGAAUCGGGAGGUGGGCUGGGCGUGCAGCUAGCAGGGUGCAGCCCCGGCGCGCAGCGCGUCCUGGUCCCCCGGCCUCCCCGCUGCCAGCCCAGGCCCAGCGAGCUGCGGAGAACCUCCUCGCGUCCUCUGGCCAGCCUCGCCUCUCGCAUCUCCCUCCCUCAUCGCCUCUCGCAGCAGCUGCCUUGCUGCGGAGCCGCCGUGGCCAUGCCGGCAGCGGGGCUGGUGCUGGCGCUCUGCGCCCUGCUGCAGCUGUGCCCGGCCGCCCUGGGCGGCUCGCGGCCGCAGCUCCUGGUGGAGAGGAGCGGCUCCAGGAGGCUGAGCAAGGUUGGAGGCUUCUCCUGGGAGAACUGCGGUGAGGGGAAGGAUCCCGUCAUGCUCCAGAGCCUCUCUGUGGCGCCCGACCCCAUCAGCAUCCCGGGGAACCUGCGCAUCAGCGCGGCCGUGAACGGGAACAAGGCCAUGGCCUCCCCCCUGAAGACGGUGCUGGUGGUGGAGAAGGCUCUGGGCGACCUCUGGAUCCAGCUGCCCUGCAUCGACCAGCUGGGCAGCUGCACCUACGACGACAUCUGCACCAUCCUCGACACCCUCAUCCCGCCUGGCACCCCCUGCCCGGAGCCACUGCUCACCUACGGCAUCCCCUGCCACUGCCCCUUCAAAGCGGGCUCCUACUCCCUGCCAGCCAGCGACUUCCCCCUGCCCGACGUCGAGCUGCCCUCCUGGAUGACCAACGGCAACUACCGCGUGCGGGCGGUCGUCAGCAGCAAAGGAGAGGAGCUCGCCUGCGUCAAGCUGGGCUUCUCCCUGCAGUCCCAGUGAGGGGCUGGGGAGGGCCGUCCCUCUUCUCCCCGCCACCUUUUUUCCUCAUCUCAUCCUGUCCAGUUGCAUCUCAUCCAUCCCACCCCAUCCAUCCCAUCCCAUCCCAUCCCAUCCCAUCCAUCCCAUCCCAUCCACCCCACCCCACAUCCGUCCCCACCUCUGCUGCCCUGUCUGCACCCCCCCCACCGCCGUGUCCCUCCUUGUGGUCCCAAACUAACAUUUGAAGCAGGAGGAGAGAAAAGCUUUGGGUGGGCUCAGGAGCUUUCCCCAGCCCUGUCCCCGCAGGGAGAGUGACACCGCUGCCAGGAGGAGGCACCCCCAUACACCUGCCCCAUUUCCCCCUCUGAUGCCAUACACAGAAGGUCCCCCGUGGCUGUCCCUCUGUCCCCAACCCCACACCCGUGUCCCCAGCCCAGAACAGGGUGGCUUUGGAGCCUACCCCCAGCCUGUUGGUGGGGCUUGGGGGUAGCCAUUUUUUUACCUCUUUGCCCUUUUUUAAAACUUUUCUUAAUCCCACCAGGGGAAUUUUAGACAAAAAAAAAAAACA